UCAAGGAUGGCAAAAUAUUUAUAUACUUUCUUGGCGGGCCUUCUGCUUCUUCUCCUUAUUGCUAUACCAGAAAUAAAGGCCCAGGGUCAAAGUAUAUGCAAAACCGUGAUACGUGACGGAUUAUGCAAGGAUGCACAAGACAAAGCAGUGUGCAACGCAACCUGUCUAGGAUCGCUGAAAGCAAAUCAUUUCCAAUGUACUGAUCAUAAAGCAUGCAUGUGCUAUUGGAAGUGUCCUCUUCCUCAUUCCAUACACAAAAAGCCAGCACCUCUCGGUUCGGUACCACAUCCAACCCAGCGCAUAAAACCACACUCUAAAGGUGGUAUUGACUCACCUCCAACAAGCCGGGACGCACAACAAUCCCCUGGUGAUGGUGGUAAGCCAAGUUCUAGGCCAACAAUCACUACUACCAUCCCCUGAGUGCUAAUAAUCAG